AUGAUGCUUUCGUACUCUCUUAUCAAAUGAAUGAGACCAUAGCGUGAGGUAGGAGGCUCCUCGAAACUACCUACAUAUACAUCGACAGAACCAGCCCACUGGACGCAUAUUAACAAGGAACCUGCCGGAAAAACCAGCGCUACAGCAAAGAUGAACACGGAUGCGAUUGUUAUCGUCUCUGCAGCAAGGACACCUAUAGGAUCAUUCAAUGGAGCCCUUAGUAGUGUACCCCUCCAUGAUCUGGGGACGUUAGUCAUUAAAGAUGUUCUGAAGAGGGCCAAUGUAAAGCCAGAAGAGGUCUCAGAGGUCAUCAUGGGUCAUGUCCUCACUGCAGGUCACGGGCAGAACCCUGCCCGGCAGGCAAGUGUUGGUGCUGGUAUCCCAUAUUCAGUGCCUGCAUGGAGCUGUCAGAUGAUCUGUGGAUCUGGCCUGAAGUCUGUGUGUCUUGGUGCUCAGUCCAUCAUGACUAGAGAAUCCACUAUAGUAGUAGCAGGAGGGAUGGAGAGCAUGAGUCGGACUCCUCAUAUAGUGCAGAUGAGGUCAGGGGUGAAGAUGGGAGAUGCUACUUUGCAGGACUGUAUAUUGACUGAUGGACUCACAGACGCCUUUUACAAUUACCACAUGGGAGUCACAGCGGAGAAUGUGGCCAAGCAGUGGGGGGUGUCCCGUGAGACUCAGGACCAGUUUUCUGUGACAUCACAGAACAGAACUGAAGCAGCUCAGAAGGCCGGCUAUUUUGACCAGGAGAUUGUGCCAGUUACUGUUCCCUCUAGGAAAGGUCCAGUCGAGGUCAAAGUUGAUGAGUUUCCUCGGCAUGGCAGCAAUAUCGAUGCCAUGUCCAAACUGAAGCCCUGUUUUGUGAAGGAUAGUUCUGGUACAGUGACAGCUGGCAAUGCUUCAGGCAUAAAUGAUGGAGCUGCAGCUACCGUUCUCAUGAGCCAAUCAGAGGCGCAGAGGCGGGGCUUAAAACCAAUGGCACGCAUCACGUCCUGGGCUCAGGCGGGCAUUGACCCUUCAGUCAUGGGCACAGGGCCAAUUCCAGCCAUUAGAAAAGCUGUUGAUAAAGCCGGAUGGAAGCUAGAUGAGGUUGACCUGUUCGAGAUAAAUGAAGCGUUUGCUGCUCAGUCCAUUGCAGUGGUGAAGGAGCUCGGUCUAAACCCUGACAAGGUUAAUGUGUGUGGAGGUGCGAUCUCUCUUGGACAUCCUCUUGGUAUGUCUGGCUGUAGAGUGUUGGUGACCCUGCUCCAUGCGCUUCAGAGGACAGGGGGACGGAAAGGGGUCGCUUCACUCUGUAUAGGCGGUGGAAUGGGCAUUGCCAUGUGUGUGGAGAGAGAAUAAGUGCUGAAUACUGCUGAUCUGAUAUAGACAAAUGACCAUACUGUAAUUGUGUGCUUUUAAUCAAGCCUUGAAACCAGUUUCCAUAUUCAAAACAGAUGUUUACAAAUCUUAACGAACAUACUUAAGUCAGUACUUGUAUGCACUGUAAAUUACGGUAGUAUAAUUUACAGAUUGCUACUUCUGGUUUCUGGUGUAAAAUCAUCUCUAAUGUAUUAUAUCUAAUGUAUUUUACACUUAAAACUAAUGUAUUCCCUUCAGUCUUUAGUGAUUUAUGGUACAUAAAGAUGACUUAUUGAAGUAUACCAGCUUUUAAGACAUUCCUUUUUUGUGUUAACUGUCUAUGGUGGCUGAUUUACUCUUAUAGUAGAGCUUUUAUUGGUAUUUAAACUGGGCCUGUCUAUGUAUUACACAGACAUAUCAAUGUUUGUGUUCUUUGUGUAUUAAUCCAUCUGUUGAAUGGAAUCAGUUUGUUUCUGCAAGAAGGAAAUUGGAAUAGGAAAUUUAGAACAGGACCUGUCUACACUGUGCAAUAGAAACCUGCCUUAGAGAUUGUCAAACGUGCCAAAAGCAAAAUUAGCCUCUAUCCUGUGCUUCCAAUAGGCUGCUUUUAAUAAUCUCUCCCAAUGUUAAUUUAUACCUCAGGGGAAAAGUUGUUUACAUAUUUAGCCUGUUGUACUCUAAAUCUCAUCACCUAAUAAAAAAUUUAAUGAAGA